GUUCUGGAGGAGCGGCGGGGUUACCCUGCCGUUCGGAGUCAAAUCACGAAAUGUCAUCCAAGGAUUCGGGUUCUUCGAGCUACAACAAGAAAUCGCCAUCUGCCAACAAUGACAAAAAUAAUAAUAAUGGACCCCGUUAUUUAGAUGGACAUAAAAUCCCAAUGUUACAUUUAACAUUACCCUUUAUAAACCACAAAUCACUAGGGGAUAGGGAGGAAGCAAUCUUAAUCGGAGCAAUCACAGGAGCAACAUUAAUACUACUUCUCGUCGUAACCUGCAUCUGUUGUUGUUGUUGCUGUCGUUGUUGUAAACGAAAGAAAAAAUAUCACAAAAUUAAAAAAGUAUCGAACCAACAACCAGGAUCCAAUGACAUCCAUCUGAAAAUGCCUUCAACUACCGCUAGUGGUUCAACAAGUUUCGACACGGGCUCGUCCGGACCUCAUUGGACCCCAUUACCACCACCACACCCCGGUUUAGCCAUGGGGUUUACCAAGAACAUCUUUACAUAUGAUGAGUUAGCCACGGCCACACGUGGGUUUGAUAGGUCUUUGCUUUUAGGAAUAGGCGGGUUUGGUUAUGUCUUUAAAGGUGUGUUACCUAACGGAAAGGAGAUCGCUGUGAAGAGCCUUAAAGCUGGUAGUGGUCAAGGCGAACGUGAGUUUCAAGCUGAGGUUGAAAUUAUUAGUCGUGUGCAUCAUCGGCAUCUUGUAUCUCUUGUUGGAUAUUGUAUGGAGGGCGAAAAAAGAAUGUUGGUUUACGAAUUUGUUCCUAAUCGUACUCUCGAAUACCAUCUUCAGUGUAAGAGUCAGCCAGUUCUAGAUUGCCCAACAAGAUUAAAAAUCGCUUUGGGAGCGGCCAAAGGCUUUGCUUAUCUUCAUGAAGAUUGUUGUCCUCGCGUUAUCCAUAGAGACGUCAAGGCUGCAAAUAUCCUAAUCGAUAAUCAGUACGAGGCUAAGGUGGCUGAUUUUGGCUUGGCAAAACUUUGUGCUGAAGAUAACACUCAUGUCUCGACACGAAUAAUGGGAACAUUCGGGUACGUUGCACCGGAAUAUGCAUCAACGGGUAAGCUGACAGAGAAAUCUGAUGUUUUUUCUUUUGGAGUCGUGCUCUUGGAACUGAUCACAGGACGAAAAGCUGUGGAGAUAGACGAAAGUUUAAUCGACUGGGCGGCACCUACACUUAUGCAAGCAUUAGAUGGGGGAAGUUUUGACGCGAUGGUAGAUCCGCGCUUGGAGGGUAACUAUAAUAGAGAUGAGAUGCAUCGCAUGGUAUCUUGUGCAGCCGCUUGCCUUCGACACGCUGCAAGGAAACGCCCUAAAAUGAGCAAGAUUGUGCGCGUAUUAGAGGGUGAUGUGUUGUUAGAUGACUUGAACAAGGCAGAUACGAAAGCAAAUGUCACGCAUGGAUCGGGUGAUGGCAUAUCUGACUACGAGAUGCAUUCAUACAACAAAAGUAAUAGGUCAAGCCAAGAAUUCUCUAGCGGGGAGUGUAGCAUUUCAUCUUGAUAAUCUCUAGAUAUACGUUUGAAGAACCGAUACCCUUGAAUGAUCAGCAGGGGGAUGCAGAAAGAAAUGAAAAAAGACCGAAUGGAUAUAUGCAAAAAUGGUAGACAAUUGCUGAUUUGCCGGUAGACUCACGUCCUUGUAUCAUGCUUGUUGUUGGAAAUAUCAUAAAUUAUCUCUUAGGCAUUAUGUCAAACAUGUACGUGGAAGGUGAAGGCAUUUGGCUUUGCCAACUGGUUCUUGAGAGAGAUGUGUAUAGAACUUGAAGUUUUUGGCACAACACUAUGGAUUUUACGUAGUCUUCUUUCUUUCUUGAAUUUUUAAGUGUGUACAUGCACAAAGAGGGUCCAAUCUGUUGGGAAUCAUGGUAUCAAAACUU